AAAGCUUGACAAGUCAUAAAACGCUCCAGCGGAAGAGUGCACUAAUUUGGCGGCGAUGGCGAAAAUGGAGGAAUGUUAUGGAACCAACGGUCACGAUCUCCCCGCAUUUAAGCUUCUUCUUUCAUGUCCCUCUGGCCUCUCUCCAUCCCAGGUAUCUGUAGUUUUUGAUCAAUCAUAUGAUCGGAUUCCUCAUCCGGAUAUCAGUUUGGAAAAUUCCAUUUCCGAGAUAUGGGAUGGGAGAGUUCAACAAAAUUCCUCUCUCUUCAAUGGACUAAAGUUUAGGUAUGGAGGAUACAUCCUUAGUGGUGGCAAUGAUUCCUUUCAAGAGACUCAUGUUUGCCUUCACCUUGGUCUCACAGAUUAUAGGACAUUUGUUGGAACAAACUUGAACCCUUUGUGGGAAAGAUUUCUUUUUCCAUCUGAAGAUGAUUGUAGAUGGUGUCAACACACCUCUAGUCCUCUAGGAAAUGGUGCAAUUGUAGAGACAUCUGAUAGAAAAAUACUUGUGCUGCAAAGAAGUACUAAUGUCGGUGAAUUUCCGGGAUCCUUUGUUUUCCCUGGUGGCCAUCCAGAGCCCGAAGAAGUUGGAAUAACAUGCCAUCUGAAUGACGGAGAGUUGAACUGUCAGAUGGUCAAUGGAAAGGUUUCUGAAGAAAUGUUUGAUAGCAUCAUUCGUGAAGUAGUUGAAGAAAUUGGAGUUCCUGCUGCUACCCUGGGCAAGCCUGUCUUUAUUGGCAUAUCCCGCAGAGUGCUGAAUGUUAGACCAACUGCUUUCUUCUCCAUUAAAUGCGGCCUUCAGUCGGAGGAGAUUCAACAGCUUUAUACUAAUGCUCAAGAUGGCUACGAAUCAACCAAGCUUUAUGCCGUGUCAGUGAUUGAAUUGGAGGGCAUGAAAUCUAAAAUGCCUGGGUGUCACCAAGGAGGAUUUGCACUGUAUAAGUUGAUGUUAGAUGCUGCGGAGAUACCCCGAUGAGACUACGUCAUAUCUUCUGAAUCGAGAGACAUCACUCAAAUUACACGAAUGUUUUGUUGCUGCAUUUAUGUUGGUAAUAUUGUUUAACAAAUAACGAUUUCCUGAAAAUAAUGUUGCAUCUUGGUUAUGCAUCAUCACCCCUACAAUUUGCAUGCAUAAUUUUAUUCUUAGGUCGAUUUUUGUGCCCUCAUCUGUUUAGAAUUUCUAUACUUGGAUCUCCAGAAAACAGUGUUUUCUAUCCUCUGUGGAUGAAUAAUUUGGUAUUUUGUGCACUUUUCAUGCUCACCAGAUCUAUAAAUGAAAUUUUUUGGUUCAA